CAUGCAGCUUGGUGAUGGGGACACAGCUUUGCAUUUGUUAGCAAGAGAAAGCAAAAGUCAAGGCAAAAUUGGUCUGUUGCUUCGAAAUGGGGCAGACCCAAAUAUCUCAAACAGGAAAGGUGAAACUCCACUCCUCAUUGCCUGCUCAGAGAGCCAUGUCCCGCAGAAAUCUAAAAAGAGGCGAAAAGAAAAGGUAUUUAUUUUUGAAGGACUUGAAAAAAUACAUCAGGAUCAAAGGGUGAAAAUGAAACGGACAGUCGACGUUUCAAAGCAUCAUAAUGACACUGUUAAAGUACUCCUGGAGAAUAAGGCCAAUGGAGAUGUACGAGGCAGUGAUGGAUUUGCUUCUCUUCACAUUGCUGUACAAAAUUCAAACUAUGAACUUGUUUGUAUUCUGAUAAACGGGGGCUGUGACGCUAAUGUUACAGAUGGUAAUGGGAACACACCAUUGAACCUUUUACUGAAACUUGUGGCAGAAUGUCAGCAUGGGACAGCUUCGUAUUACAUACCACAUCAUAGAAGAGAUAUCCAGGUUUGGAAGUUUGUGGAGGUACUGUUAGAUAAGAAUGCUGAUCCUGAUAUUCAGAACAAUGAUGGGGAUGCUCCACUUCACCAUGCAGCUUCCAUGAAUUGUCAGCGGUCACUGGAGCUGCUUUUAAACGCUGGUGCCGAUGUUGAUGUAGAGGAUGCACAUAACAGAACACCUCUUCAUAGAUGUGCACAAUCUGGUCAUGCAAGGAUCGCCAGGAUUCUGAUGGUACACGGCAGUGACGUUAAUGCCAUGGAUGACAAUGGUGACACACCUCUCCAUGUGGCAGUGAGAAGAAAACAAUACAACCUGGUGAAGCUGCUUGUACAGAUGGGUGCUGAUCUGUCCAAGGAAAACACUGAUGGCUUCACUGCCCAUGGCGUGUGUGUGGAGCUUGAACAAUCAUGCAAUAGACCCUGGUGGGUAUAUAAAGGACAGAAACUGUUAAAUCUUCUACAUCCUGUCCAAGAGAUGGAGAGUCUCUAAAGAAGGGCUUUCAGUUGCAAAAAUACCUUCUUAUUACAUGUAUGGCAUUUCGAAGUUGCAUGAACAUGAAAACAUGACACCUUUUGGAGAUAACACCUUCCUUUAUUUGCUGUCAUAGAGCUACUUCUUGCUCUAGGUGAUGGCCGAGCAAGAAGGAACUCUGAAACAUUCUUGGUGAUUGAGCAAGAAGUAGCUCUGAAACAUUAUACCUGAUGAUUGAGCAAGAGGUAGCUCUGAAACGUUGUACCUGAUAAAGGAGCAAGAAGUAGCUCUGAAACGUUGUACCUGAUGAAGGAGCAAGAAGU